GUCAGCUUUAUUGUAUACUAUUGGAUGGGGCGCUGUUCCAACCUGGAUAUGGAUAUGUAUCCAUGGGAUCUGAACCGGGGAAUGGUUAGGAUGAAUCCCAAACCCAGUUACUGUGCUGCUGUGUAUCAAAGACGCGUUUCGUUUUUAUAUUUCAAGAACCAGACGAAUAAGAACGCGUCCCUUGUUUUGCCACCAACUUAAGGUGUUUCCCAUGGGCACAGCGGGGAGAGGAACAUAUCGCUGGCACCCCUUCAUGCUUUCGAUGUAACUGUUCCUUUGGAGCUUGUUUGUUUGUGUCUGGAGGAAGACCUGGUCUGCUCCCAGCACCGCCCAGCACCUGCUUCAAGUGGCAAUGUAAUGAAUGUCUUCAGGGGCGUCUGUAUGGACAUGUACAGUGCAUUCGGUAUGUGUGUGACCAAAAGUCCAAAAUCGCUGAAUCGUUGGUUGGGCUGCGUCAAGUUCUUGGCACAAAACCAAGAGAUCAUUUCCAUCCCUUCCAUCCUUCCAUUCUUCCAUCGACCUUUGUUUAUAGCUCCCACUCCAUCCUUGUCCAUCGCCUUCCUCCUUCCUUUUUCAUCUCCUCUCUUACCACACCUUCCACCUCCUGCCUCUCGCUUCACACUUCACACCUCAAGAAGCAGCCGCUUGACGAUUGACACAAUGGAAGCUCCACUUCCUGCCGGAUGGAUCUCGCAAUUCGAUGCCUCCCAUCAACGCAACUUCUACGUCGAAACCGCAACGGGCAAGACGCAAUGGGAACGUCCCGGUGCCGCCCUUGGCGCCGCCCCACCGCCCUAUGCCCCUCCAGAGCCCAAGGCCACCCCCACAGGCACCCCUGCCGCUGCUGCUCCAACUACUUCCGCCCCCCUAGACAAGAGCUUUUACUCCGCCUCUCCCUAUCCCGCCUCGCCCUAUCCCCCAACUCCUUACGGAGCUGCCCCUCCCCCCGGCGCUUACGCCCCACAGGUUCCCUAUGGUGCCCCGCCCACUCCCUAUGGUGUCCCGCCCACUCCCUACGGUGCCCCUCCUGCCCCGUAUGGCGUCCCUCCAGGUGCAUACUCACCCGCUGCCCCCUAUGGCUCACCCUACCAGGCUAGCCCAUACCCUCCUGCGUCACCCUACCCUGGAGCACACUACCCCGCAGCUUCACCUACACCCUACGGAUACGCACCACAGCCACAGUAUGGUGCUCACCCACCUGCACAUGCGCCGGUAUCGCACGGUGGCAUGCCCCAUAUUCCUGCAGGAGCCGGAAUGGCGGUUGGUGCGACGGCGCUCCUGGCUGGAGCUGCAGCCUUGGCGGCAGGACACCAUGGAAGCCAUGGACAGCACGGAUACGCUGCAGCAGGUCAUCAUGCACCGCCGUUUAUGGCUCCCAUGAUGGGAGCGCCGCUUGUUCACUAUGGACAAGGAUAUGGACAUGGACAAGGCUAUGGACAUGGACAAGGAUAUGGACAUGGACAUCAUGGAAAGCAUUAUAAGCAUUAUAAACACUAUAAGCAUCAUAAGCACCACAAGCAUCAUGUAAGUCCGGGUCACAUAUCUAUCUAUUCAUCUAUGCUGCGCAAGAUCUAACUCGUUCCUGUCAUGGUUUUCCUUAGAAAUGGUUCUAAACCUCCAUGAGGAUGCCCUCGUAAAGUUUUUCUAUUCCCCUUCCCCCCGCCCAUUCUGCUUGCUUGUUGGUCUUUGCCCACCGCUUCUUUUCCUCUAUUUCUGCUACAUCUUUUGUCAUUCAAGUAAAUAGUAGUAAUAAUAAUAUAGUAAAAAAAUGCCAUU